UCUCCCUUUCACUUCCGCUGUGGAUCUGCCGAUCGAUUGUGACAUUCUGUUGUUAAAGAAAAAACAGCCAAAAACUAUCGAAUAAUAAUGGGGAACAUUUUUGAAAAAGUGUUCAAUGCGUUGUUUGGAAAACAAGAUAUGCGAAUUUUGAUGGUGGGUCUCGAUGCUGCCGGGAAAACUACUAUUUUGUAUAAACUAAAACUUGGCGAAAUUGUCACUACAAUUCCAACCAUUGGUUUCAACGUGGAAACCGUAGAAUACAAAAACAUUAGUUUUACCGUGUGGGACGUUGGCGGCCAGGACAAGAUUAGGCCAUUGUGGAGACAUUAUUUCCAAAACACUCAGGGAGUGAUAUUUGUCAUUGAUAGCAAUGAUAGAGAGCGGGUUGUUGAAGCCAGAGAAGAAAUGAUGAGAAUGCUAAACGAAGAUGAACUACGAGACAGCGUUUUGCUAGUUUUUGCAAACAAACAGGACCUUCCCAAUGCCAUGAAUGCUGCCGAGAUCACUGACAAAUUAGCUCUGCAUUCAUUACGCAACCGAAACUGGUACAUUCAAAGCACAUGCGCCACAAGUGGUGAUGGUUUAUAUGAAGGGUUGGAUUGGUUGUCACAACAACUGAAAAACAGAAAAUAACUUGGAGAUUAUGGACAUCUUGGAAUGUAUUGCCACUUGCCUAUUACAGACUGGCGUAAAAGAAAGAAAAAAGAUUUUUGCCAAUUACUAUAAUGAAUGUGUGGGGAAAAUGUAUUUUAAUUGUACUUUAAUAAUGAAUCGUGUGUUACUCUCUUACAUUUCUCAAACACUAAACAUUUUUGUUUACAAGUCUUGAUUUCUUUUUCAGAGAGAUUACACUUAAUUAUAUUCCUGUAUAUGUCAGUCAGAAAUUUUAUUUGUUCCAACACAAAAUGUUCUUUGGUGAUAUGCAUGCAUGUAUUACUGAAUUUGCUAUCAGAUACGGUAAAUCGAAGUUAAUUGGUAAUAUUUAUUGAAGGAUAUGAUGUCCAGACACAAAAUUUAUUUCCUCAUGUUUAUGACUCCCAGAAAUAUCUGAAAGCUUUCAAAAUGUUAUACAUGUAACUUGGCAGGGCACGAACUUAAGAAUUUGUCUUCCAUGGCAAUUAAAAAAAAUAUUGCCAUGGGUAAAACAUCCCACCAACAGCAAUUUUUUAAAAAGAGACAUCUGCAGCAAAUAAACAUAACUGAAAUGUUAUUUUGUUUUAUAAAAUGUACACCAGGUGUAAACAUAUUACCAUCAUUGAGCUUUACCAAUGGCACUUCUGUUCAUGACCUACGACAAUUUAUAUCUCAAUGACGGCAAUUGCUGUCAGUGCCAUUGUUAAAUUUGAGCUCGUACAUGGUUCAUACAUGUACUGCAUGGAUUAGUAGUGCAUGCCAAGCUGUACUGCAUUCAUGUACACAUGUAUCACCAGUUCAAAUUUCAUGAUGAUAAUAUGCUAUCAUACGGAUUACCUACUGGUGUAUGACAAAAACUGCUAUAUGCAUUCCUUCAUGCAGCACGUAAUUAUAUCACAGAUAUAAGAAAUAUAAUGUAUAAUGUCACACCUGUGAAAGUAUUAAAAUAAAAUGUUACCACAAAACUUGUUUCAGAUAUAUAGUAAUAUAUGUACAUGUACCUGUAGGGAACAUUUUGUUCAGUAUUGCAUUGCAAUUCACUACUCAAGUCUCAGAGAUUGCCACACAAUUUUAAAACAUUAAACAGUGGUUGCUAAUUAAUUUUCAAUUGCCUAGAAUAUCGCAAAUCAAGAUUUUGAAAACAAAAUAUUUCCUGAUAGAUAAAUAUAAUGAAAAGAAUAGUUAAUUAUAUAUCCUAGUUUUCGAGCUGAUUUUUGCAUCCCAUGUUUCCAGCACAAUAUUACUAGUACAUUGGUAUUUAUCAGAUCAGCUUACAACAGCUAGCUCUUUCAAUUGGCAAAUUUUAUUUUCACAAAAACAUUUGAUGUAAUAAUGGGCAUUUUGUUGGAAAAUUGGUAAAGGUUUUUUUUUUUUUUUUUUUUUAACAUUUUGAGAAAUGUCUUCCUCACCCAGAGUUAUUUCUGCACAAGAAUUUGCUAAGCAGUUAAAACAAUACUAUAUUAUUAUAAAUCCUCUAAAAUAUUUUACCAGUGGCCAUGUUAUUAAAAACAGGUUUGGGGCAUUUUCAGAUUUUGGCCUGAUUUAGAGAUAAAGAAGUUUAGUACAUGUAUAGCGCCAUACCAUCAUGUUUGACAUGCUUGCGUAUGUUUUGAAUUCUUGUAUUUUGUGAACAUUCAUGUACUUAUCUAGAUAUUUCUUCAAAAAUGUUAUUCAUGUUCAUUAUGUAAAGAAAAAAUGUGAUUGUUUUGUUUUAAUAGAACAGAUUGAUGAGACAUGAAUUACAUUUAUUCACAUGUAUACAUUUUGUAAGGAUGUACAUAAUCAAAAAUAAAAGACACUGACAAAUGACAAGUGUGAUUUCAUAUAAAAAAAAUCAUCAAUAUGGAUAGGUUAGACUAUUUUCUUGAUUUAUUUCCAGUACAUUUGCAUUAUAAUAUGGGCAUUACAUUUCUUUAUAUCUCAUUGAACUAAUAUAAUUGUAUCAGGGUUAUAAGGCUUAGAAAACAUUCUAAUAGCUAAAUGUACGUACAUGAAGUGUGAGUUCAGAUGAAUGUUGCCUGAUCACAGAAAAAUGAAUCAUUCCAUUGCUUACAACUGACCUAUCAAAUCAUAACAGAAUUUCAUAAGACAGGGAUUGUGUGAAAGUAUAAUCUAAAAGUUCCUUGUAAAGUGGAUUACAGUAUUAAUUAUUCGGUUCAUGUUCAUUUCAUCAAAGCAGCAGAUUGUGUUAAAAAUAUACAUGUUAAUGUAUUUUGUUCAUGUACUUGUGUUUUUUGUCACCUGUAUAUUAGUCAUUUACGUCGAUUGCAGACCUUCACAGAUUGUAUGUACAAUUGUUUUGUUUGUGCGCAGGUUAUGCAGUUUUAUUUUGCGUAAUUUAUUUCUUGCAUAAAAUUUACUGAACGAUCAGUCUUAGCGGUGCAUCUUUUAUUUAGUUUUUCAGUUUAAACAAAAUGGUUAUAUGCAAACCAAAAUUAUUUAAAAUGCAAAUAUAUUUGACAUAACCCUAUUUCAGGUACAUAUAGUAUGCAAAUUUUGAUUUUGUGGAGGUCUGACUUGUCAUUUGGUUGAAAUACAACAUUUAUGAUGGCACAUUGUGACAAUGUACUUUUGAUAUAUAGGAUACAUGUAUUGGAAUGUAAUUUACAAAGCUGUAUGUAGAAUUUUGUUUAUUAUAUUAGGGACGGUCCAUAAAUAUCGAUGUGCUUCACAAUCCGAACAAUGUUCGGAAGGGGGGGAGGGGGAAAAGCCAUGUUCGGAUUGCUUUUCAGGUAAAACAUGUCCAUCGAAGGUCAAUGUUUCUUACAAUUCGAAACAAGGGGGAGGGGGUAAACGCCAUGUUCUGAUUGCUUUUCAGGCCAUAACAUCGGUAUUUUGGGGGCUAGUUUUUGCGGCGGCGCUCUCUACAAUUGUCAUCUACUGCAUCAAUACAUCGUCGACCACGGUGAGUCUGAAAUAGAAUCCGCAUAAAUUACCGCGACGUUCUAUUCCCACGCACAGAUUGUUGAAUGGACUUUGCAACAACCAAUGGUAACGAUACUAUAAUACUACAACUAGUGCUAUAUCAAAUCAGCGCACUGCAUCAAUGUUGACAAUGGGUCACGUGAACAGCAUGAGCGCACAGUUUGUAAAGCCAAUACGUAUAAUCUGUUAAUAAAAGUCAUCUUGUAGUACACAUUAUAUCAAUGUUUUUAUGUUAGGAUUAGGGGAGGGGGUCAAACCCAAUCCUAACAUUGUUAGGAUUAUGAAAACCAUUGACAUUUAUGGACAGUCCCUUAAGGAUGUGAUUUUUCAACUUUUUAUCUGAUUUCAGCAUUUACAAUGUAGUCUGGGUGGGGUUUUUUUUUUUAAUACAUUCAAUAAUUUUCACAAAGUAAAUUCAGUUUGAUUUGAAAUGCUGAACAAUCAACUUUAUUUAAUAUGGUAUAGUUCUAAAAAGAUGAUUUUAGCUUGUGUUUUUAAAUGGAUAUCGCACCCCUGAUGUACCUAUAUAUACUGACCAAUAAAAUCAUAAUGUUUAAACUUUUAAUAUUUUAAAGUGCUUGUAAACUGUUCACCUAGAUAAUUUUACUAGACACAAAAUCUAAUGGAAGUCAUACUGAAUAAUUGUGAAUAAAUUGAAGAAAAUUUAUUGAAUGUUUCAUUUGUUCAGUACCUUAUACUUCUAGCACUAAAUGUUUCGUUUGUAGAGACAUGUACCCUGCCACUACCAGUUACUUCAUCGUUAAGUAGAAAGAUGUUUCUUUGUAUACAUCUGUUUCAAUCAGGGCUAUCUCUGGUGCAUGUACUUACAAACUUGCCAAUUGCUGAUUUUAAAUAGUAUUGGCAAUUUUUAUAUUUAAUUUUUUUUUAUUUGGUGAAUUAAUUUCUUAUAAUAACUGUUUUUUUGUUGCAAGUUUUGUAGUUUAAUAGAUAAUUUGGGGAAAAUGUUUGCUUAUCCAGAGCUUUCCCUGAAACUACUGAAUAUUUAACAUACUUAUAUGUACAUUGGGAUAGUACAUGUAUAAUUAAGGUCUUGUUUACCCAGAACAAUGGGUUAGUAGGGGGGAGGCUUGGUGGCAGAUUGCCACCUCAAAUCUGCUGCUGCUGUUGGGUGGAAAGGAGGGGGAUAGGAGUUGCUCUCAACCUCAUGACACUCGUGUCCCCAACUUACUGUAAACAUACAAAGUACCAAGUUACAUAUGGAAUGUUGUAACAGUAUGCUAAACACUAAAUGUGUACACAUUAAAUAUGUUUCUCCCAUGAAUAAAAGAUGCAUGUGCUAGGACAUACGUCAUUGGCACCAGCAGAUAAUUACUUUUGGAUCAAUGCCAUCACAGUAAAAAAAAUGUUGCCAUGUACACAUGUAUAUGGCAUUGGUUGCCACAGUAGCUACAAUUACUAAUAACAUGAGAAGUGUUGUUAUUAGCUAUAAUGAACUAUUUACACAUGUACCUACAGGUACACGUACAAUGUAAGCUGCCAAUACUGCUUGUGGUUUUUUCUUCAUUUUGCCUUUUUUAAUCUCUCUUAUUAAAUAUUGCCCAUCAGUUUAUCAUUUCAAUAUUUUACUGUAAAUGUGUUAGUUUUUUCUCUCUGACUUAUAAUAAACAUACUUUUCAACAUUAAAAAUUAAAUAAAUACAUUAUUAUAAAUUAUGUUAUUGUGAACACAAUGUUGGUGUGGAAUUAAUCUUAAAUCAUGCUUUAAAUAUGGAUGGAUGCCUAUUACCAGUAAGUACAUUACUAAGUAUGAAUUGUGGUGCCAUCAUGCAUGAUUGACAAAAUCAUACAUAUUACUGCAUAUUGAAAUACUAUAAUAUAUUGCAGUUCUUACCAAUAUACUAAAACAGGCAAUCCAGUCAGUGUCAGUCUGUGUAUGUAUAGUGUUUAAUGCUCGGCUUCAUUUCUACUUCAUAGCAAUUAAUACAGUCUGUUUUCAUAAAAAGUGCAUGACACGUGUCUGCUUGUCAAUAAUGUAUACCUGUUGCACUUUGUAACAAUUAAAGCAGAUUUUAAAAUUUAGCUCUCUAUAAUAUUUUUUUUUCUUCUAAAUUUGUUUGAGUAGCCCUAAUUAUAUCUGGCCAUAUAUUGCAAUAUUUUGUGUGUGUUGUUAGUUGGAACAAGUAGUUUUAAGAUAUCCAUUAUGUGUCUGUGAAAGAUUUAUGCUUUGGUAUUUACUAGUUGUUGAUUGUAUUUUGUAAUUGCGACUGAUUUUUCUUUUUAAAAAAUAUAUAUAUUCUACUCUCUGUUUAAAUAAAAUUUAUUGAAAUCAUCUUGAAA